AUGUCUCGACGAAAGCAGGCUAAGCCCCAACAUCUCAAAUCCGACGAGGAGCUACAAGCUGAGGUGCUUCCCGAACAAGUGCCAGGAGAAGGAGCAGAUGAUGGUGAUAGUGGGAAUGAAAGCCGGAGCGGAAGCGAGGAAACAAACGUUUGUGAAAAAUGUUGUGCAGAAUUCUUCAAGUGGAGUGAUUUCUUGGAACACAAGAAGAACUGCACUAAAAAUCCACUGGUGCUCAUUGUGAAUGAAGAUGAAGCCACCCCAGCUCCUGAAGAAUUUGCAGAGCCUUCUCCUGCAAGCUCACCUAGCGAUCAAGCGGACAGCGAGGCUUGUGAAGAAAGCGUUCAAGCUGAGAACAAUGAGAUCUGUGAGAUAAAGAAUACAGAAAAGGAAGAAGAACCCAUGGAGGUAGAACCUUCUGUAGAAAAAAGCUACUCCAAUCCAGGCACCUCUAGUACAGCUACGCCACUACCUCAAAUUAGCGAGCCACCUUCUUUGACAGUUUAUAACAUGCCAAACACUAAUGUAACCUUAGAGACAUUGUUGAGCACUAAAGUGGCAGUUGCACAAUUCUCGCAGAGUACAAGGUGUGCAGCGAACGCAACCGCGGCGAGUGGGGUUACAGCAAUGGCCAUUCCAAUGAUUCUCGAGCAGUUGAUGGCAUUGCAACAGCAGCAGAUUCACCAGUUGCAGCUGAUUGAACAGAUCCGGAGUCAGGUGGCAAUGAUGAAUCGACAGCCAUUACGUCCCACUUUAAACACGACUCCUUCCCAAAGCACUCCUGUGCAAGCCACUAACCAGCUCCAGGGAUUUGCCGCAAACUCUGCUGUUCAGUUAGCAGCAGUUGUUCCUUCUGCCAUAGUGGCCCAAGCCACUGGCAACCCACCAACUGCCUUUGAGAGUACUCAGCACAUAUCAAGGCCCACGUCAGGUGCAAGCACUCCUAACAUGUCAAGCAAUGGUUCUUCUGUCCCAAAUGAAACAAGCACACCAUCUUCCUCUAAUGCAAUUACUUCUUCAUUAACACCUGUUUCUGUGUCAAAUAUUACUAGCAGCUCUUCACAGCCCCCAAACCCUUCAACUCCACCUUCCGUAGGACCUGGAAAUCUCCUCGCCUCAACUUCCAGCCUGCCAAACCCACUUCUACCUCAGACUUCAUCCAGUAGUGUAAUUUUCCCCAAUCCCCUGGUUAGCAUCGCUGCAACAGCUAAUGCGUUGGAUCCUCUCUCUGCUCUUAUGAAGCAUCGCAAAGGAAAGCCACCAAAUGUAUCUGUUUUUGAGCCUAAGACAAGUUCUGAGGACCCUUUUUUUAAACAUAAAUGUAGAUUUUGUGCCAAGGUUUUUGGGAGUGAUAGCGCGCUGCAGAUUCACCUGCGUUCACACACAGGAGAAAGACCUUUUAAGUGUAAUAUUUGUGGCAAUCGGUUUUCUACUAAAGGUAAUUUGAAAGUUCAUUUUCAGAGACAUAAAGAAAAGUAUCCACACAUUCAGAUGAAUCCAUAUCCGGUUCCAGAGUACCUCGACAAUGUUCCCACUUGUUCCGGAAUUCCGUACGGGAUGUCAUUGCCACCGGAAAAACCAGCUACCACAUGGCUGGAUAGCAAGCCUGUUUUAUCAACUGUCCCAACUUCAAUUAGUCUGCAACUUCCCCCUACAAUAUCAGGGGUAAAUAGUUACGGGGAUUCCCCAAGCAUUACUCCCAUGAACAGAUCACCUCAGAGAACAUCUCCAGUGUCUAGUGAAUGCACUUCUUUAUCCCCAAGCCUAAACAAUUCUGAGUCAGGCAUUCCUUUGUCUGCAGAAUCCCCACAACCGAUUCAUGCUAGUUCAACCAUGACUAAAACUGAACCUGUCAAUAUUCCAGUAACAAAUGCAAGGUUGGGAGAUAUUUCUAUAAGUGGUCAGGUUUCUGUAGUACCCACCUCUACAGCUUCUAGUGCUGUUACUGAAAGCAGUAUUUCUACAAGCCUCCCAAACACUGUGCUUCCAGCAUUGUCUGACCAGUUCAAGGCUAAAUUUCCAUUUGGUGGUCUAUUGGACUCUAUGCAAACAUCAGAAACCUCAAAACUGCAACAGCUAGUAGAAAACAUUGAUAAGAAGAUGACAGAUCCAAAUCAGUGUGUCAUUUGUCACCGUGUGCUCAGUUGUCAGAGUGCUCUCAAGAUGCAUUAUAGAACUCAUACAGGAGAAAGACCAUUUAAAUGCAAAAUUUGUGGACGUGCAUUUACUACAAAAGGCAAUCUAAAAACACAUUUUGGAGUUCAUCGAGCGAAGCCACCACUUAGAGUACAGCAUUCAUGUCCCAUUUGUCAGAAGAAAUUUACAAAUGCUGUUGUUCUUCAGCAGCAUAUUCGUAUGCAUAUGGGUGGGCAAAUUCCAAACACACCAUUACCAGAUGGCUUCCAAGAUGCUAUGGACUCAGAGCUUUCUUUUGAUGAAAAGAAUGCAGAGACACUGAGCAACUAUGAUGAUGAUAUCGAUGAAAAUUCCAUGGAGGAGGACAUGGAAUUAAAAGAUAAUAUAAGAGACCCCUCCAAGCCCCUUCUACCUUAUUCUGGAUCGUGUCCAUCUUCUCCCCCAUCUGUAAUUUCUAGCAUUGCUGCUCUUGAGAAUCAAAUGAAAAUGAUUGAUUCUGUCAUGAACUGCCAACAGUUGACCAAUUUAAAAUCUUUAGAAAAUGGGUCAGGGGAAAGUGACCACUUAAGCAAUGAUUCUUCAUCAGCUGUUGGAGAUCUGGAAAGUCAGAGCGCAGGGAGUCCUGCUAUGUCAGAAUCGUCUUCGUCCAUGCAAGCUCUCUCUCCUGAAAAUAGCAACUGUGAAAGUUUUAGAUCUAAGUCACCAGGUGUCAGUAACCACGAGGAACCACAAGAAAUACAAUUAAAGACAGAAAAAUCUGACAGUCCCCCACCACCCCCUACUAUUGAAAAUGGAGGCGCGCUGGAUCUGACAGCCACCAACCCCGGGAGGCCAAUCAUCAAAGAAGAAGGUCCUUUUAGCCUGCUGUUCCUGAACAGAGAACGCGGUAAGUUUAAAAGUACCAUUUGUAAUGUCUGUGGCAAGCCUUUUGCUUGUAAGAGUGCAUUGGAAAUUCACUACCGCAGCCAUACUAAAGAGCGUCCAUUUGUAUGUACAGUCUGCAAUCGUGGGUGUUCCACUAUGGGUAAUUUAAAACAGCACUUACUGACACACAAAUUAAAAGAGCUGCCUUCUCAGUUAUUUGAACCCAACUUUACUCUAGGUCCCAUCCAAAGUACUCCUAGCCUGGUCACCAGCACUGCGCCUACUAUGAUCAAAAUGGAAGUGAAUGGUCACAGCAAGCCGAUCUCAUUGGGCGAGGUUCCAUCGCUUCCAGCUGGAAUCCAGGUUCCUGCUGUACCACAGACAGUGAUGAGUCCUAGCAUCACCCCUAUGCUGGCACCCCCACCACGUCGAACUCCAAAACAACACAACUGUCAGUCAUGUGGGAAGACCUUCUCCUCAGCAAGUGCACUACAGAUACAUGAACGCACCCAUACUGGUGAAAAGCCAUUUGGAUGCACUAUCUGUGGUAGAGCUUUUACCACAAAAGGGAAUCUUAAGGUUCACAUGGGAACUCAUAUGUGGAAUAAUGCUCCUGCACGGCGUGGGCGUCGACUGUCCGUGGAAAAUCCCAUGGCUUUGUUAGGUGGGGAUGCUUUGAAGUUUUCAGAAAUGUUCCAGAAGGAUUUAGCAGCUCGGGCAAUGAAUGUUGACCCAAAUUUUUGGAACCAGUAUGCUGCAGCUAUUACUAAUGGACUUGCUAUGAAGAACAAUGAAAUUUCUGUCAUACAGAACGGAGGCAUUCCCCAGCUCCCAGUAAGUUUAGGCGGAAGUGCCAUUCCGUCUUUAAGUAACGUUUCCAGUGGAAUGGACAAAGCUCGUACUGCUAGUAGCCCUCCCAUCAUUGGCUUGGACAAAGCGAGUUCUGAAACGGGAGCCAACCGUCCAUUCACAAGGUUUAUUGAGGAUAAUAAAGAGAUUGGCAUAAAUUAA